GAAGCAGAGCACAAUGGGAGGUUCACACCUAUAAUUUGCAGCUCCUCAUUUCAAAUAAUAAAAACGGUUGUUCUUGAAUUGCUGGUUUUGUCAGAAUAGUUGCUUUCUUCUAUUAUAUUGAGGUAACAUUAUAAUGUCUGCUUUCUUCCAUGGAGAAACUGAAAUGAGAGAACCUUCUUCUGAUCUUUUCAUGAUGAACAUGAAUCCGUUCUCCGACCCUACAACAACCAUUAAUACUCAUAACCAUAACUUCUACAACUUGGGGUUCGGGUCUCAACAACAUCUUCGGCGAGUGAGCAAAGAUGAAGUAGAUCGUACCGAACAGGGGAACUCUUCGAUCCCCACAGUUUCAAACGGAGGAGUAACAGAAAGCUUCAUGGUUUUGUCUCCGAUCUACUUGAAAGCUGCUCAAGAAUUGCUGAAUGAGAUUGUGGCUGUUGGAAACGGUUGCCGUGGCGCCACACAAGAACAACAAAUGAAUAAAGAGUCGGCGAUUUAUGAAGUUGGGGACAACAACGGUGUCCAUAUUCCUGGCGCGGCUGCUUGUCGGCAGGAGUUGCAAGCAAAGAAAGUGAAGCUCAUCUCCAUGGUGAAAAAGGUUGAACAGAGAUACAAGCAAUAUCACAACCAAAUGCAGACUAUAAUUUCAUCGUUUGAGCAAGCAGCGGGUUUGGGCUCGGCAAACUCAUACACACAUAUGGCGGAAGAAACAAUAUCAAAACAGUUUCGUGCUGUAAAAGACAUGAUAUGUUUGCAAAUUAAACACAUAAACAAGUUGUUGGGAGAAAAAGAAUGUGAAGGUUUAAGUUUAGGUGAUGAUCAGCUUAGGCAGUUCGGCAAAAUGCCACAUAACCAUUCAAAUGCUUGGAGAACGCAACGAGGUUUGCCUGAAACAGCUGUUUCCAUUCUUCGCGCUUGGCUCUUUCACCAUUUUCUUCAUCCAUAUCCGAAGGAUUUGGAUAAGGAAAUGCUCGCCAAACAGACCGGCCUUACAAAGAGCCAAGUGUCAAAUUGGUUCAUAAAUGCUCGAGUUCGAGUGUGGAAGCCAAUGGUGGAGGAGAUGUAUAUGGAAGAAAUGAAUAUCGAUGCAACAAGAAAGAGAGGAAACCUCAAUGACCAUACUAACAAAGGUUCAUCCUCUCAGAAACCAUACAAUAAUACCACUUCAGAUGAAUCUUUAAACUCGAUUUUACCCGUUUUUCAUCAAGGAUUCAUUGAAAAUGAAAUCCCUAUGCAAAACUCAUCCUCAAGUUGCAGCAUAGUGACGUUCAACAAGCAACACGUCAGUCAAGCAAACUUGAUCCAUUUCAACGGAAGGUUUGAAAACAAUCACGCAAUGGUUGGAAACAGUGUCUCCCUUUCUCUUGGCCUGCAUCAUUCUUGCGACCAAACCUUUAACAGCAUCCAGUUUGGAUCGAUAAGUAAUGGAACUGAGAUCUUGGGUAUAUAUCCCUCUCUAACAUAUCAAAUCAUGGAUUAGAUCUUAAUAGAGAUCACAUAUAUAUAAUCUGUUCGUUGCCUACGGUUCUUGUGACCUUGGCCCAUGGCCAUGGGUGCUUUCAUAGAGAUGGAUAUGUGUAAGAUAGCACAGAGAAAAUGACUAAAGUAUAGGGUUUGAUAAAAGUUUAGAUAACACUACUUAACUCAAGUAAUUAACUAGAUAUAAUACGGCAUGCCUUGGUGUCUAUAAUCAGAUAUUAGUUAGUAUUGUAAUGGAUAUGGUGAUCAAGAUGGGAUACAAUCGAAUGCUUGGCAGAUUGGUGUAAAUAGAGAUCAUAUUAGCCAAGAGACCCAUGCUUCCCUUUAAUUGUGUCUUUAUGAAUGUGUGUUUGUGUGUGUAAAUGUAUCCACAACAGUCGCAAUUAUCAUUUCUUCUGCAAUCUUAUAUAUACGAGUUUUACUAUUUGUUAUGACUAUGUUUGUGUAUGUAAUGUGCGUUCAUGUGUAGUUUAUGGUUUUUGAUCUUGAAGUUGUUUUCUUUUGCUACCCAAAGCUUGUGUGGUUAUAUAUUAUAAACUCUCGAG